AAUGCGGAAGUGGUCAGAUCCAUCCGGGUCCGGGGAAAGGCAAGAUGUGGGGCGCGGGAGGGGGCCGGGGAUAGCGUCCAGCCUUGUCCCCGGGGGGAUUCUUUAGAGAGAGGAACCUGCAGGGUCCCUUUAAGGCUUUUCAAACCCCCUCCAAAGGUCCAGAUAUGUAUCUAGGACUUUGCUCUGAGGGAAAGCGAACUUAGGAAUCUGUGGGGAGAGAGAUAGAGGAAAGGCCUCUGUAUUGUUUUGGUUAAAGGGCCUCUCAAUCUUCUCAACUCUGCUUUAAAAGAAGUCCAGAUAUUGUAAGAGAUUUAUUACAAUAUUUAUUCAUGCUCCUUUAAGGGUCUAGAUUGAGAGAGAGCACACUUUCUGUGGGAUCCAUAGCUUAUUUAUGGACUUGGUCCUGAUUUUUAAAAAGGGGGAAAGCUAACAAGGAUCUAGGGGAGAGAAAGAUAGGGGAAAAGUAAUCCCUUUCAAUGCUCCUUUCAUGGUUUCUAGAUCCUCUCAACCUUCCAUAUCAAUGUCUACAAGGACUUUACACUGAGGGGAAGCUAGCUUAGGAAUCUGGGCCACCUGUGGGAAUCAUAGCUUAAUAAUUGGGGUUUUGGUGCAAGGGAUUCCCCUAAGUCUAGCGCCAUGGCCACCCGGCGUUUAACAGAUGCGUUCUUGUUGUUGCGGAACAACGCGAUCCAAAGUCGGCAGCUGCUGGCUGAGCAAGUGAGUAGUUACAGCUCCUCCAGCCCUCUGACUUCACGUAGCAUGGCUGCUGCGGAGCUGGACGAGCUUGCGGAUGAUCGUAUGGCACUAGUAUCUGGGAUUAGUUUAGAUCCUGAAGCAGCUGUCUGUGUAACAAAGAGGCUACCUCCAAAGUGGAUUGAUGGAAUAGAAGAAAUUCGGUAUGAGAUCUCCAGGAUAAAGCAGAAAAUGAAAGAACUAGCUAGUCUCCAUGAUAAACAUAUGAACAGACCAACUCUGGAUGAUAGCAGUGAAGAGGAACAUGCAAUAGAAAUAACUACCCAAGAAAUCACACAGCUAUUCCACAGGUGUCAGAGAGCAGUCCAGACGUUACAUGGCAGGUCUCGAAGCUGUACAGACCAAGAGCGUCGGCUUCUGAAGAAUGUUGUUUCUAGCUUAGCCCAAACGCUUCAGGAUUUGUCCACCAGCUUCAGGCAUGGGCAGUCUGACUAUCUCAAACGUGUAAAGAAUCGUGAAGAAAGAUCCAAACAUUUUUUUGACACUUCAGUCCCGCUUAUGGAUGAUGGAGAAGACACAACACUAUACGAUCGGGGUUUUACAGAUGACCAGUUAGUAUUAGUGCAACAAAACACAGUAUUGGUGGAAGAACGGGAGCGAGAAAUCCGACAAAUUGUACAGUCCAUUUCUGAUCUCAAUGAAAUUUUUAGAGAUUUAGGAACUAUGAUAGUUGAACAGGGUACAGUUCUCGACAGGAUUGAUUUCAAUGUUGAACAAUCAUGUGUUAAAACAGAAGAAGGAUUAAAACAGCUACAUAAGGCUGAGCAAUAUCAAAAGAAGAAUCGGAAGAUGCUGGUCAUUGUAAUAUUGUCUGUUAUAAUAAUUGUCCUUAUCGUUAUCCUCAUUGCUGUAAAAUCUCGUUAAGUGACACUCCUGUAAUGUUUUUUGUGUAUGUAUAUUUGGGGAGGUGGGAUGGAUUUUUGUGUGUUCUGUUUCUCUCUCUCUCCCCCCCCCCCCUUCCUUUCUUGGUUUAUUUGUUUCUGAUAUGAAUGGGUUGAGCCAGUGCUUUGAAAGCUGACUUUGGGAUGAAUGUAUAACCCUAGUGGUGCAAAGUCUGUGCAAUGUUCCUAAAGAUAUUCCCUCUACGUUUUAUACGUUGACCGAAUAUGAGAGUUGAUGGUUUGCAAAAUUAUGUGGACAAAAAAUCCAGUGAUUUGGAAGAAGUGCCACAAAAUCAGACAUUUGAAACACUAAACAUGCUUUUGUAAAGAAACGCUUAAGAAUGAAGGUAUUUCAAGAACUAUAAUUCCUUUCUUCAUUGAGAAGCUGAUGGUGUUGUAUGUCAUCAUUUAUACUAGAGAGAGUCUUAGCUUUUGCAAACUUUCCAAGUUUUUGUUCGGGCACGAUACCAAAAACUAUGAUUUCGAGGUACAAAUGCCUUAAAAAAUAACACAUUUGAUUUCACUUAAUUUUCACCUAGAAUUAAUAAUUAGUGUAAACUCAUUCAAAUCAAACUUUUUUUUUUAAAAAAAGCAACAGAUAACUCAUUCUGUGGCUUCAUAUCAUUGCUAUACCCUUCCUUCUAGAGUGAUAGCUAAGAAAUGUAAAUGUAACUUUCAACCAUAAUCAGUACUAUCAAUUCAAAAUUAAGUCCUAAGAUUAAAGUAAUUAGUAAUGCCCUUUCUCCUCUCCAGCACCUUUCUCCUAAACUGAUCAUGCACUGUUUUUUUAAUUGCAUGUAUUUUAAACACUCAGCUAUUAAGCCCAGGGUUGAAAGAAAAUAUUUUGCUUUCCCGCUUUUCUCCUCUUGCCCCAAAGAGUAUGUGUCUUUUUAUUAUAUAAGAAUCAACUGUGUUGUAUUUCAAUUUCUGUUUGUAAAUACUGAACUAGAAAGUCAUGGUGGUAUCCACACAUGCUAUUUCAACAGGAUGAAAUAAAUAAAGUGGUAUGAUUAUUUGAAUUGUAUGUUUAGAUAGAACAUUUCGCUUUUUUAAUCAUUUGACUACAGGGAGGGCUCAGGAGAAAUGUGGCAUACUUUUCAGCUGUGAUGAAGUGCUAUACUACUGGCUUAUGUGCAUCAAGAUCCCUUGGCUCCAUUAAUGUAGCAGUUGACACUGCAGAUGGGUCUUUUUAGCUGUCAACAGUAGCAGUUUAACUGGAUCCUCAAACUGCUUUGCAGUUUCAGGGGCCUUGCUUAAUCCUUAAACACCCACACACACACAUUCCAUAUCGAUUAAUUUAUUUAAAGCUGUUUGUGCUGCAACUCUUUCUGUUGUGAUGUAUUGGCACAGCUUGCCAGUGUUUUUCAGCUGCUUGUCUUUCAGCCCAUCAGUAUGAUAAUAACUGGUCAUGUUGUCUAUUUAUUCUUUUGCAGCUUUCCACAUUCAUUGAGCUCUUUGCACCAUUCAGACUCUCUGGAGAACAGUAGGCCACAAUUUGAAAUCCUAUUUUUGGGGCUUCAACUGCAGGUUGCAUGAUUUCUGGAGAUGUUCGGUGUUCUAGUCCAAAAGUAGUUUUCCGUGCUCUUCUUUUUAAGAUUGUGGAGCUAGAUCUCAGUGAGAAUGAUACCUGAAUUCCUGCAUAUGCUGUCUUUCAAGGAAUGACUCCACCCUUGGCUUUAAGUACAGUAGAAUCUAGUAAAUAUUUGCAUACUCUUGAGGAAGGUGUUGUCUCUGUAUCUGGAUGUUGUGGCAUUGGCCCUUGAUCUAUUGCAUAUUUGCUGAAAGCAGGACAGGGAGGGGGGUUCAAGGGCUACAGAGUUAGGUUUUCAUAGAACCGUAGGGCUCUUCCAGACAAGCCCUAUAUCCCAGGAUCUGAUCCCAGGUUUUCAGUUUAUCCUAGAUUAUCUAGCAGUGGGGACUCAUAUAAGUUGGGCCCUUCCACACAGCCAUAUAACCCAGAAUAUCAAGGCAGAAAAUCCCACAAUAUCUGCUUUGAACUGUGUUAUCUGAGUCCACACUGCCAUAUAUUCCAGUUCAAAGCAGAUAAUGGGGGAUUUUAUUCAGCUGUAUGGAAGGAGCCCUAGUUUAAACCAGAAAACCUGGGAUCAGAUCCUGGGAUAUAGGGCCUGUCUGGAAGGGCCCUUGAAAGUUGAAGUUGAAAGAGUUCUUGUGCUGUUCCUGCCAUAUUUGCAAACAUUACUUAAACUGAAGAACAAGUGGUUUAGAAUUUGGUUAGGCUAUAUUUUGACAUCUUGCUAAACAGUUUGACCCCUAUACACAGAGGAUUGGUACCCAGUUUCACCUACCUGCAUCCGACAAAAUAUAUCCUAAGAAUUCUCUAUCAUCCAAGCAAUUCUAUGGUAUGUUUCCACCAGAUGUUACUAUAGAGUUGCCCUAUAGCAGGCUUCUUCAACCUGCAGCCCUCCAGGUGUUUUGGACUUCAGCUCCAGGAAUUCCUGACCAUUGAACAAGGCUGGCUAGGGCUUCUGGGAGUGGGGGGGCCAAACACCUGGAGGGCUCCAGGUUGAAGAGACCCACCCUAGAGGAACUAGCAAUUUUUUAAAAGAAGAUACCCAUGUAGAUAUGGGGAUUAUGCUGUAUUUAGUUAUAUAUAAACAGUUAUAUAGUUUUAUACAGUUCACAGUACCUAGUUCCAAUGCAGUGAUUGGUUUUGUUCAGGAGUGUGCAAAGUGGACCCAUCCAGAUAUUGCUGGAUGAGAACUUCCAGCAUUCUUGUCAAUGGAUGAUGGGAGUCAGAGUCCAACAGCAUCUAGAACAGUAGUUCUCAACCUGUGAGUCCCCAGGUGUUUUGGCCUUCAACUCCCAGAAAUCCCAGCCAGUUUACCAGCUGUUUGGAUUUCUGAGAGUUGAAGGCCAAAACAUCCAGAGACCCACAGGUUGAGAACCACUGAACUAGAAGGUCCCAGUUCACUUAUGUCAGGGUGUGCUGGCAAGUCUGGAUAAUUUGUGGUAAAUCAAUGAAAAGUUUUAUGAUGUCAGAUUGAGGAAACUUGGGGAUUUGACUUUUUAAUGAAAGGACUCUGAGCUCAUUGCUUGUAUGUAUUCUUGGCCUAAGUACGUCCUCAGAAGCACUCUCUUCCUUACUCUGCUGCUGUUUUUCUCUCCAUCUAUCCCCUUCCACAAGUCAAUAUUUUAUACCUGGCUCUAUUUAGUAGAUGUAACAAGCAAAGAAAAUUGUGAGCCUGAAGCCUGCUGACUGAUCAUCUGGAUCUCAUAUCUAUCUCUGAAACAUACAUUGUUCUGCCCUGAUAGCGGGUUUUAUGUGUGCAAGAAGAGCUUCAACAAUGUGAGUGCAAAAUACACUGAUGUGGCCCAGGCACAGGCUACUCGUUUUGGAGAUAGACCAAAAUCAUGUGUCCGCUGUUAAAUGAAGAAUCAACCCCAAAUAACAAUUGUUUUCCUUUUUGUUUCCAUUGUGCUAAUGUUCAACAUGCUGGUGUUAACAUUGUUUUUUACGCAUUGCCACUCUCAAAGGAAAUAAGAAAUAAAGUAUGGUAGAACACAGUGAGUGUCUACAUUA